AUGAAGGCAGGCUAUUCCAAUGAUCUGUUUUUGAGCAGUUCCUUGGUUAUCUUUUAUGGGAAAUCGGGAUGCUUAGAAGGUGCUCACUUUGUUUUUGGACAGCUCACGUUGCCAAAUAUUGUAAGGAAGAGCGUUUUGAUGAAGUUAUUGGUGUGUUUAAGGAGAUGGGGGGGAGUGAAGAUGAAUAGCUUUACGUUUUCUAGUGUUCUCAAGGCCUGUAGAAAGUUGACGGAUGAUGGAUACUAUGGUCGGCAAGUCCAUGCCAAAGCGAUAAAAUUAGGGGUUAAUUUGAAAAGUUAUGUGCAAUGUGGAUUGGUUGACAUGUAUGGGAAAUUUGGGUUAGUUAGAAAUGCUAGAAGGGUGUUUGAGAUGAAUGGUGUAAAGAAAAAUGCUGCAUGUUGGAAUGCAAUGCUUAACGCUUACAUACAACAUGCAAGUUGCAUUGAGGUUGUUAAGGUACUUUAUGUGAUGAAGGGAGGUGGCUUAGAACCAAGGGAAUCAUUGGUCAAUGCAGUUUGGAAUGCCAGGUUUUCCUCUAUUAACUGCUCCCAAUCACUGGCUGGCGGUUCUUAUCUUUCUAUGGAACUAUGGGAGCAUCUUGGCAUAGCAAUACCACAAUUGACAAUACCUGGGAUGGAUAUUGCUACUUGUUUUUGUGCCCUAUUUUUGCUUACUGGAUAG